CUUCUAAAGCUACUAAGACACAUCCGCGAGUGAGUCCUAUCAAAUUGCUCAAGAAUUCUGCAGAAGAUGAUGGAUGCAAGUCAAGUACAGGCACCUCCAUUAGUGUUGAGGAAGCAUUCCGCCGAUACCAUGGAAUGGUUCACUCACAACCCAUUCCUAAAAUUGUUUCUUUCAAUCAACUAUUUGGGACACUUGCCAAAUGCAAACACUAUUCCACUGUGAUUUCUCUGUCCAGAAACAUGUUUUCCUUGCAAAUACAACCCGAUGUCUUUACACUGAACAUCUUAUUAAACUGUUUAUGUGGGUCGAAUCGGCCAGAUUUGGGCUUCUCUGUCUUUGGGAUCAUCAUGAAACGUGGUUUCCAGCCAGAUGUUGUCACAUUGAAUACUCUACUUAAGGGGCUCUGCGUGGAGGAUAAAAUUGGAGAUGCCAAAGCAUUGUUCCACAAGAUACUCAAAGAAGGGUAUCCUUGUAAUGAAAUCACCUACGGAACCAUAAUCAACGGGCUCUGCAAGACGGGAAACACCUGUGAGGCUCUUGAAAUGCUUAGGUCGAUGGAACUUGAGGGUAAAUAUAAGUCUAACGUUAUCAUGUAUAGUGCAAUCAUCGAUGGCCAUUGCAAAGAAGGAAUGGUAAAUGAGGCCCUGAACAUAUUCUCUGAUAUUGUCGGGAAACACCUCUCCCCAAAUGUUGUUACUUACAAUUGUUUAAUUCAUGCGCUUUGCAAUUUAAAUCGGUGGAAAGAGGCUCUAAAUUUGUUCCGUAAAAUGGUGGACCAUGAAAUCUCACCAAAUGUUAUCACUUACAACAUUCUAAUAGAUGGUCUUUGCAAAAGCGGAAGGAUUGCUGAAGCACAUAAGUUGUUUGAAUUGAUGCUUCAAAGUGGACAGAAGCCUAAUGUUGUCAUUUUCAGUUCUUUGAUUCAUGGCCUAUUCAAUUCUGGCCAACCCGAAGAAGCCACUGGAUUGUUAGAGAAAAUGUUGGGACUAGGAAUCUCUCCUGAUGUCGUGACUUUUACUAUUCUGAUAGAUGGUCUUUGCAAAGAUGGAAGGACUGCUGAAGCACAUAAGUUGUUUGAAUUAAUGCUUCAAAGAGGACUGAAGCCUGAUGUUGUCACUUUCAGCUCUUUGAUUCAUGGCCUGUGCAAUUCUGGCCAAUCAGAAGAAGCCACCAGAUUGUUAAACAAAAUGUUGGAACUAGGAAUCUCUCCUAAUACCGUGACCUUAAGUGUUUUGGUUUUUGGCGUAGGCAAUUCUGGCCAGUGGAAAGAAAUCACUAAAUUGCUGAAGGAAUUACAGAAUCGAGUUCAAAUGGGUAGGUGGUCUUCUCUUAGCCCUUCUCUUCCGCUAUGUUUGCUUCUUUCAUCUUCUUUUUCUUCUAAAGCUACUAAAACACAUCCGCGAGUGAGUCCUAUCGAAUUGUUCAAGAAUUCUGCAGAAGAUGAUGGAUGGAAGUCAAGUACAGGCACCUCCAUUAGUGUUGAGGAAGCAUUCCGCCGAUACCAUCGAUUGGUUCACUCACAACCCUUUCCAAAAAUUGUUGCUUUCAAUCAACUAUUUGGGACAGUUGCCAGAUGCAAACACUAUUCCACUGUAAUUUCUUUGUUCAGAAACAUGUUUUCCUUGCAAAUACAACCCGAUUUCUUUACACUGAACAUCUUAUUAAACUGUUUAUGUGGGUCGAAUAGGCCAGAUUUGGGCUUCUCUGUCUUUGGGAUCAUCAUGAAACGUGGUUUCCAGCUAAAUGUUGUCACAUUGACUACUCUACUUAAGGGGCUCUGCAUGUUGGAUAAAAUUGCAGAGGCCAAAGAGUUAUUUCACAAGAUACUCAAAGAAGGGUAUCCUUGUAAUGAAAUCACUUAUGGAACCAUAAUCAACGGGUUCUACAAGACGGGAAACACCUGUGAGGCUCUUGAAAUGCUUAGGUCGAUGGAACUCGAGAGUAAAUUUAAGCCUAACGUUACCAUUUAUAGUGCAAUCAUCGAUGGCCAUUGCAAAGAAGGAAUGGUAAAUGAGGCCCUGAAUCUAUUCUCUGAUAUGGUCGGGAAACACCUCUCCCCAAAUGUUAUUACCUACAAUUGUUUGAUUCAUGCACUUUGCAAUUUAAAUAGGUGGAAAGAAGCUCUAAAUUUGUUCCGUAAAAUGGUGGACCAUGAAAUCUCACCAAAUGUUAUCACUUACAGCACUCUGAUAGAUGGUCUUUGCAAAAGCGGAAGGAUGGCUGAAGCACAUAAGUUGUUUGAAUUGAUGCUUCAAAGUGGACAGAAGCCUAAUGUUGUCACUUUCAACUCUUUGAUUCAUGGGCUAUGCAAUUUCGGCCAAUCGGAAGAAGCCACUGGACUGCUAGAGAAAAUGUUGGGACUAGGAAUCUCUCCUAAUGUCGUGACUUUCAGCAUUCUGAUAGAUUUUCUUUGCAAAGACGGAAGGACUGUUGAAGCACAGAAGUUGUUUGAAUUGAUGUUUCAAAUAGGACUGAAGCCUAAUGUCGUCACUUUCAACUCUUUGAUUCAUGGGCUAUACAAUUUCGGCCAGUCGGAAGAAGCCACUGGAUUGCUAAACAAAAUGUUGGGACUAGGAGUCUUUCCUGAUGUCGUGACUUUUAAUAUUCUGAUAGAUGGUCUUUGCAAAGACGGAAGGACUGCUGAAGCACAUAAGUUGUUUGAAUUGAUGCUUCAAAGAGGACAACAGCUUGAUGUUGUCACUUUCAACAUUUUGAUUGAUGGUCUUUGCAAAGACGGAAGGACUGCUGAAGCACAGAAGUUGUUUGAAUUGAUGUUUCAAAUAGGACUGAAGCCUAAUGUCGUCACUUUCAACUCGUUGAUUCAUGGGCUAUACAAUUUCGGCCAGUUGGAAGAAGCCACUGGAUUGCUAAACAAAAUGUUGGGACUAGGAGUCUUUCCUGAUGUCGUGACUUUUAAUAUUCUGAUAGAUGGUCUUUGCAAAGACGGAAGGACUGCUGAAGCACAUAAGUUGUUUGAAUUGAUGCUUCAAAGAGGGCAGCAGCUUGAUCUUGUCACUUUCAACAUUCUGGUUGAUGGUCUUUGCAAAGACGGAAGGACUGCUGAAAUACAUAAGUUGUUUGAAUUGAUGCUUCAAAGAGGACUGAAGCCUGAUGUUGUCACUUUCAGCUCUUUGAUUCAUGGCCUAUGCAAUUCUGGCCAAUCGGAAGAAGCCACUGGAUUGCUAAACAAAAUGUUGGGACUAGGAAUCUCUCCUGAUGUCGUGACUUUCAGCAUUCUAAUAGAUUCUCUUUGCAAAGCCGGAAGGACUGUGGAAGCAAAUAAGUUGUUUAAAUUGAUGUUUCUAAGAGGACUGAAGCCUAAUGUCGUGACUUUCACCAUUCUGAUAGAUUUUCUUUGUAAAGCCGGAAGAACUUCUGAAGCACAGAAGUUGUUUGAAUUGAUGCUUCAAAGAGGACUGAAGCCUGAUGUUGUCACUUUCAGCUCUUUGAUUCAUGGCCUAUGCAAUUCUGGCCAAUCGGAAGAAGCCACUGGAUUGCUAAACAAAAUGUUGGAACUAGGAGUCUCUCCUGAUAUCGUGACCUUAAGUGUUUUGGUUUUUGGCAUAGGCAAUUCUGGCCGGUGGAAAGAAAUCACUAAAUUGCUGAAUGAAUUGUUGGAUUAAGGAAACUUACCUAAUGUAG